ACCCACCCUUGAACAUACGAUACCGAACCCGACGACAUCUCCUUUUUACCCCAUCAAAUGAGCCCAAUUCCUCGCUCACAGGAGGAGAUUACAUGCACUUACCAGCCAAUUCGAAUUUCCGAAAUCCCUGGACCCUCUUUCCCGCUGAUUCCCGCUCGUCUGCACAGCGCCUUCCGCAGUCAUACUUCAUCGGAGAACAUAGCGUGACCUGUCAGUCGGAAAAUAAGGUGUAGAUCCAACGGGUCUUUGACGCACCGGGAAACAGACGUCAGAUUCGACACGUGGACUGUGGGCCACGGUUCGCUUUAGGGCUGUUAUCUUACAGUCAGAACAGACGCGGCACGGCCUGGUCUGAGAAGCAUGGACACGGAUCUGCAUGUUCGAUUAGAUCGGCGCUCUGGAGACAGUCGAAAUGGAAAUUUUGAUGCAUCGAUCUCUUACACCGCGAGGUCGGGAGUCGACUCGAGAUCAAUUUCUUUUGCGUCAGACUCAAAUUUCGUGAGUGGCAAUGAUAAUGCCGGCUUUAGGGCAUCAGGGGCGGAUGUACGGGUUUCGAAUCAGGAACUGUCUUCCUCGCAAUCAUUCCGAAAUUCCCAUGAUAGUCUGAGUCCUGAUGCGAAUCAUCCAGAUGUGGAGGGGGGAGAUGAUGAUCAGAAGCAGGGACAGAAGAAAGUUAAAGCUCCAAGAUUGUAUCAUAAGAAAUCAAGGAAUGGGUGUCAAAGAUGUAAGGCAAGACGUGUCAAAUGCGAUGAAACCAGGCCUAUCUGUAAUAAUUGUAUAAGGCAUAGGUUAGGAUGCGUCUAUACAAAACCACCGCCACCACCACCCCCAGCGGCAUCAUCACCCCAGACCAUCAAAUCUAAUUCCAGUAACCCUUCAACACCAGAACACAACAGCAUACACGCCCUAGCUGAAGAUCUCAGUAGCGCAUCAGUUUCACCCCAAGUAGACCUUUCCAUACCACCAGCCCCAAGCCAAGCUUUCAGCGAUGACCUUCCUGAGUCUAGUGCUCGUCGGAUGCUUGAAUUACGAUUACUUCAAACUUACAUAAUUCACACAUCGCCUACAUUCCCCAGUUGUCAUAACCCUGAGACCUUGAAUCUAUGGUCUGUGGUGGUCCCAAAACUCGCUUUCGCAUCUCCCAAUCUUCUCUACGCCAUGUUUGCCAUCGCUUCUCUACAUCUUCACGUGCUCUCACCAAACGAUAUGGAGAUCCAGCGAGCGCGCCAGCACUACCUUUCCUUAGCAUUACGACAUCAUCAAAAAGGAGUCGCGAGCUUGAAUCCCAGCACUGCCGAUGCAGUAAUGUUUGCCUCGAUUCUAAUUCUCAACGACGCAUUUUCCAGUUUACAAGUUCGUUGCAUGAAACCAUACACGCUGCCUACGCAUUGGUUACAAAUGGCCCGAGGGACCGCUUCUGUAUUUGCCGUUGCAUUAGGCCUAAUAAGACAUGAUCCAAACGCCAAAGCAAUGGCACUCCUACGCACCAAGCCCGCGCUCACCAAACCAGAAGAACGACUCAACCGCCCCGAAAUCCACCCUCUCUUCAACGCAAUACUCACAUAUCCCUCCCCUCACAUCUCAAUCUCUCCUCAAACUUACUCUGAAAACGGGGGAUAUGACCCCUCAAUUCCUCCUACGCAUCUAACAGCCUACUUACAAACCCUCUCCUACCUCUCCUCCAUCCACCUCAACAUCAUGCAGCACGAACACCCCAUGGCAACCGCCCGCCGCUUCACAGCCUUCGGACUGCAAGUCCCGAAACUUUUUAUAGAUUUGGUGGAGGAGAGACAACCGCGUGCACUAGUAAUUUUUGCAUACUACUUUGCGAUGGCAACGUGUUUAGUAGAGGGUGGGGGCCCGAGUGACAGUAUCACAUUGCAGAUGAGAAAUGGGGAGGAUUUGGACUUGGGAAAGACUUUUUGGUGGAUGGGAGCGAUGGUGCGGAGGGAGAUUGGGGGGAUCAGUGGAAUUUUACCGGGCGGCUGGGAGGGAUUGAUGAGUUGGCCCAGGAGGGUCGCGGGGUUGGAGUAGUGGGCUGAAAAUGAUUGAAUUGAGGAGGGGCUUUGGGGAGCAUGCGAU